AUGAAGAGACAACACCAGAAAAGAUCACCCGGUUCUGCGGCCCAACAGGGAACGACACCAACCAUACAUCAGGACGGCCGCCGCGCCUCCCCCCACUAUAAAGAAGGUAUAUUCCGGCCAAGGACGGGAACUCACCAAAAUGCAAAGAGGUAUGCCCCCUUAUUAUCUGCUCAUAAUUUUUAUGUAUCACCUACAGAAAUAGUCUACGCUCUUGAGAAACUCGGAACAAAGGUGAAGUGGCCGCCGAAGAUGAGAUCAUACCCGAACACCAAAAUAUCCGAUGCCCUCUGUGAGUUCCACCAGGAACGUGGGAACAAAACAGAAGAUUACAUCUCCCUCAGACAAGAAGUUGUAAACUUGUUACGACAAGGGCACCUUAAAGAGUUGUUAAGCGAUAAGGGGAGAACCAACUCCGCUAGAGGACGUGAACAUCAAGGCCUGCCAAAGCUGCCAUCGCUAGCUAGUACUAUCAACAUAAUCAUCGGCGGCGACGACGAUGCCUCUAUCCAUGGCGUGAAGUUUACCACUACCCACAAGCUCAAGCAGUUUAUCACCUACGAACGGUACGAAGAACUCGAAGAAAGUAUCAUCUUCGACGAGUCGAAUGUCGACGGUUUGACUUUUCCUCAUAAUUAUGCUAUCAUUAUUACUUUACAUAUUUUAGAUACCGAUGUCAAACGCAUCAUGGUGGAUGAUGGAAGUGGAGCAUGCAUUAUCCACCCCCGAGCCCUUACUCAAAUGAGACUCGAGGAUAAGAUAGUGCCGCGUUGUAUCACGCUAACCAGUUUUAAUAAUGUAGUUGAGCAGACAUCCGGGAAAAUUUUACUCCUCAUCUUGGUCGGCGGCGUGACUCUGGAGACGAAUUCCACAUCAUGGAUCAGGAAACUGCGUACAACGCCAUAG